ACUCCAGCCCAGCAUGCAAAUUGGGCCCCUAUUUUAUUCCAUUUGCAUGCUGGGCUGCAUACAAUAGGGACUCAAAAUUGAGUCCAACUCCAGCCCAACUACCUAUCUGCUUCAGCCCAACAUCGCCGCGCCGCCAGCAACGACGCGAGUCCAACCUAUCAGCCCGCGCGCCGCCGUCACCGCCGCCAGCAACGACGCCCUGCCCGCACGCCGCCGUCACUGCCGCGCCUGCGCAUGCGCACUGGAGCGGAGGAGCUCAAGAAGGCGACGCCCGAGUGCAAAUUGAGAUCAAGAAGACCAGUGCAAAUUGAGCUCCUGCCUCCGCCGCAGCCGCUGAGGACGACGCCCAACCAGCGCAAGCACAAGGCUCCGGCCUCCGCCGCAGCCGCUGAGGACGACGCGGAGGCGGAGGAGCUGGAGAGUGUGGAGGAGCUGGAGAGAGAGGUCGCCGAUCUGGACCGCCGCAUCCUCGAGCACCUCGGCAGCACCGCCACCCGCCUCUCUGACGCUGCCGUCUCCCGCGUCACCGCGCUCCGCCCGACCGCCCGGCUGGAUGUCAAGGUUUGGAACUAGAGCUCGUCGAUGGUGGGAUGAAGAGGACGAAUCUGAUGUUGACGAUCUCUUCAUCAUUGCUGGUCUUCGUGAUGAUCUUGUAGAGCACUUGUGGGCAAUUCAUAGCUCUAGGUAGUUAGUGAUUUACUAUGCAUGUAAUCUCUAGUUCAGAUGUCUAGUUCUCUGAAUGUAAUCCCUAGUUAGUGAUUUACUAUGCACAUUUUAUUUCAAACCAUGUUGUUGAAAUACUAUGCUGUUACAAUUACAAUUAUUGAAAUAC